UACCAAGUGAUUCUGCCUCAUCUGCCAACAGGACGCGUUGCCUUAAAUACUGUGUUUUUGCACGGAGACGUUCGAGCGAGACCCUACAGGGUUGAAGACUUCAGAGACGCGCUGGGCCCCACGGGAGUGCUAACGGACAUCAUAGCACUCGGAGCGUACCAGAUUAAUCACGUCUGGGCGGUUACACUGAACGGAGAAGACGCGACGAAAAAACUGCUGGCCUUCAAGGAACUUCAGGUGAAGGGACACCGGUGUCUCAUCGUUGAUCCCCAGGACCGGCAGAUAAAACUGCGUCUUCAUUGGCUGCUUUACGGAGUCGCCGAUGAGGAUGUGCGGACGGCGUUCGCGGCCUUCGGCAAUGUUGUCGAAGUGAAUCGAGAGCGCUGGAGAGUCGACGGCGUCAGCGACAAAGCGUCGACGACGAGAACCGUGCUACUCAAGUUAAAGAGUGGAGUUACGGUGGAGGACCUUCCGCACCAAGUGCGCGUUGCAGGGGAAUUGGCCCUAGUUGUGGCGCCGGGCAGGCCUAUGCAAUGCUUGCGGUGCAAAGGGACUGGUCAUGUACGGCGAGACUGCAGGGUGCCACGGUGUUCAAUUUGUCGGCGAUUUGGACAUCGAGACGCUCAGUGCGUCCGGUCGUAUGCAGCAGUUACGAGCGCUGCAACGUGCGAUGAGAUCGAAGAGCAGACAAUGGACGCCGCUGAGGCGGAAGACGCGGCUAAGGGGGCAGGAGACGCGGCUAGUUCUCUGGUUGAACGCGGGCCGGUUUCGCCUGAAGAUUACGAUACAGCGUCGGAACCCGAGGAGAAAGAAACGGCUGAGGCGGACACCAGCCAAGAGAAUUCCACUGAAGACGCACAAAGCCAAUUGGUGGACAUGUCGACGCAAGCGGCGAGAGGACGCGACAUGCCAGCGCAUGGAACGACCCGCGGGAUCAACACUAGCUCGGCGGUCAAGCGUUCGCUGGAGCAAUCUGCGGGCACUGCUCACGAGGGCAAAGUUGAGGGACCACCAGCGAAGGCGACACCGGGGCGGCGCUCGGGCCUCAGAGCGAGGUCCAAUCUACCUGUGGACCGACCGGUUGGCACUCCAAGGGACCAGCUAACUGAUGCCGGACCACCGGAUGGCCCCGGAGACGUCUAG